UACGGUGUCAGUUGGCCGUGCGAUAGAUUGUACAUAAUCAUAAGGCCCUGCUUUAAAAUUAAGGUUGAAAUUUCAGAAACUUUCGGUUAAGAAUUAUCAUCCGAGUGCAAUAAGUUAAUUUCACGAUUUGCGGGUUCGUUUACUUUCGUUACUAUCAUUGCGAAUAACAGAAGAGGAUUCUGCGCUUUUUGACAGUGUCAACGAAAUUCCAAGCCAGGAAGAUGGAAUUAAGUGGUUUAUCUAGGUAUGAUGUCAGGGUGAAAAAGGAGCCUAGUGAUGACUUUCUCCUUGUUAAUAAGUAUAAAAUGAUUGAGGAGGGACCUGAUCUUGAAAACUUCCAACUCUCACCAUUUCCGGAUAAGAAUUCAACCCACAGCCUACGAAAAUGUGGCGUAAAUCAAGAAAGUGAACUUGAUGACGAAGUGGAAAUAGUCGUUGAAUGUCAAGACGUUAAGCCCAACAUUGAUUCAAUAAAGUUCAAGAAAAUUAAGGAAGAUUUUCAAAAUCUCUUGAGUGAUAAGAAACGCAAUAACAAUUACCAAAUUCAGAAUAUAAUUAAAAUAGAAUCAGUAGGUGAAAUUAAAAAGAAAUGUAUUCGUGACGCUGCUAAAGAAUCUAAUUUCAAUGUGGACUGUGAAUUUGGCAAGCAAAAUAAAAAAAGAAUUAGUUCAAAAAAAUCAGUUUAUAGUGGUAACACCCGCAAUUGUAACACAUGCGGGAAAAAAUUCACACAAAAUAAUAUCAAAAACCACAUCGAUUCGGUGCACAACAAAAUCACUCAUGCAUGCGAUAGAUGCGAGAAAAAAUUUACAAGCAAAAGUUACUGUAAAAACCACAUCGAGUCGGUGCACAAUGGAAUCACUCAUACAUGCCAUGUGUGCAAGAAAACAUUUACAAACAAGGGUAAUCUAGCUGUCCACGUCCAAACGCUGCACAAAGGUAUUACCUACGCGUGUGAUGUAUGCGGGUCGCAAUUCAUAAGUAAAAGAUAUCUCGAACGUCACGUCGAUGCGACGCACGUCGGUAUCGUACAUGAAUGUACCAUUUGUAAAAAGACAUUUGCUUAUCCAGCUAAUCUUAAAAGGCACGUUCAAGCGAUUCAUGAGAGGAUAACUUAUCCGUGCAAGAUGUGUGGAAAGACAUUUACGCGAAAGGAUCAUCUCUCGAACCACAUCAAUGAGAUUCAUCGUUGCGUAGUUUACGAAUGUGAUGCAUGCGGAAAAGAAUACACAAAGAAGGCCAGUCUGAUAGCCCAUAUUAAUUCGGCGCAUAAUGGUAUCACUUACCCAUGCGAUUUGUGUGAAAAAAUAUAUAAAGAUAAGAGAGAUCUCAAUGAACACAUCAAGCGGGUGCACGAUAAAAUCAUUCCAAAGUGCGGAAAAAAGUUCUCAGGGUAAUAUUACACAAACCUAUUGAUUCGUGGCAUGUUCGUGUAUCGCGUGAAUCAGAUUUUUGCGGAAUGAAUCUCACAAGUGAAUGUGAUUUUAAAAAAACACAUCAAUAUGAUGCAUCUCUUCUUACUACUGUAAUAAUGCGUACGUUUGGACGACUGAUUGGUCGAAUCAAUUUAAAAAAAUCUAAGUUCAAGAAAGUCAGAAAUUGAGAAAAGUCGGAUGAAAUUUUUAAUUUCAUUGAUUUUCAUACUUGGC